CAUCAAUCAACUGCCAUCAAUACAACAACACACUUCACUCUCCCUUUCCUCAUUCAAUUGCAUCAUCAUUUUCUUCCAAAACUUCUUCAUUUCCAAAUCUUCAUCAUUUUACAACAACAAAGUCAAGGAACCUAUUUGAAUUGAAAGGUGCUGUUUUGUGAGGUUAAAUUUGGAGAAGGCUUUUCAUUCGAUUCGCAAUGCGAGGAAGACAACGAGUAGCAUCAAGGGAGUCCAUGGUAGCACAAGAUAAAGAUGGAAAUCCAGCUUCAGUGCGUGUGCCGAUUGCCAAACCUUGUUGGCGGCGCUCUUUGCGGCAUGUAAUAGUGGCUUCUCUUUCCUCAUUCUUAUAUGGCUACCAUAUUGGAGUAGUCAACGAAACCUUAGAGAGCAUUUCUAUAGAUCUUGGCUUUAGCGGGAAUACAUUGGCCGAAGGUCUUGUAGUGAGUAUAUGUUUAGGAGGUGCUUUUGUUGGAUCACUAUUCAGUGGGUGGAUUGCCGAUGGGGUUGGGCGUAAAAGAAGUUUCCAGUUGUGUGCUUUGCCUAUGAUCAUUGGAGCAGCAAUGAGUGCAACAGCAAAAUCCCUCUGGGGCAUGCUUUUGGGAAGGUUAUUUGUUGGUACUGGAAUGGGACUUGGCCCCCCUGUUGCAGCUCUUUAUGUAGCUGAGGUAUCACCUCCAGCUGUGCGGGGUACUUUUGGUGGCUUAACUCAAAUUUCAACGUGUCUUGGACUCAUGGGUGCUCUCUUUAUAGGAAUCCCUGCCAAAGAAAUAGUUGGUUGGUGGCGGAUUUGUUUCUGGAUUUCUGUGAUCCCUGCUACUAUACUUGCUCUUUUCAUGGAGAUCAGUGCAGAGAGUCCUCAUUGGCUUUUCAAGAGAGGAAGAACCAUUGAAGCUGAAGCUGAAUUUGAAAAACUCUUGGGAGGAGUACAUGUGAAACCUGCAAUGAGUGAACUGUCAAAGAGUGACAGAGGUGAUGAGUCUGGCUCAGUAAAACUCUCAGAAUUAUUGUAUGGCUGUCAUGCCAGAGUGAUGUUCAUUGGAUCUGCGCUUUUUGCUUUGCAGCAGCUGUCCGGCAUAAAUGCUGUUUUCUAUUUCUCUUCAGCCGUCUUUGAAAGCUUUGGUGUACCAUCUUAUAUGGGCAACACAUUCGUUGGAAUUUGCAAUUUAGUAGGGUCGGUUAUUUCAAUGAUUCUGAUGGAUAAACUUGGAAGGAAAGUGCUUCUCUUGGGUAGCUUUUUAGGCAUGGCUGCAUCAAUGAGUCUACAAGUCAUCGCUGCAAGUUCUUUUGUACCAGGAUUUGGAGCUAUGUAUCUAUCUGUCGGUGGCAUGUUGCUGUUUGUGCUAUCAUUUGCUCUUGGUGCUGGUCCAGUUCCUUGUCUCCUCAUGUCCGAAAUAUUACCCGGCAAGAUCAGAGCCAAGGCAAUGGCAAUAUGCUUGGCUGUGCAUUGGGUGAUAAACUUCUUCGUCGGUCUAUUAUUUUUGCGGUUGCUGGAACAAUUGGGAGCACAACUCUUGUACAGUAUUUUUGGUUCAUUUUGUUUGUUGGCUGUGAUUUUUGUGAAGAAAUAUGUUCUCGAAACAAAAGGGAAGUCACUACAAGAAAUUGAGAUUGCACUUCUUGCACAAGAAGCAACCUAAAGGUGCCAUAUUGGAUGAAGUAUAGGCAUAUUUUAAUUUGUUGAAUGAGUUGUAGAAACAUUUUUGGUUAAGGAAAAGAUAAAGAAAGAACUUGUUUAGCAUAAUAUUUGGCCAUUGCAUUAGUUGAAAUGGUAAGCUUUUUUUGUGACUUGUAACACAAGUAAGAGACUGUAUAACAUGAGUAAUUGUUUUAUGUUUGGUUUAAAAAUAUAUAAUUGCAGGAUAUAGGGCCAAAAUUAAGGGAUGA